AUCAGAAGUCAUCGGAUAUCCUCUGAUGCUUCUCAUAUGAUCCAGCAAUAUUGAACACCAGCGGCUUCUGCAGACAUCUUCCGGGUCGACAGAAAGUUCGCCUGUGCUGCACAGAGCCAGGACUGUCUGCAAAGGAGGGGUGCUGCCUGUCCUUUUGAGCUCCUCCUGGUGUGUGAGUGUCGGGUGUGUGUGCACCAUGGCGAGCCUCCUACGUGUAGUGGCGGCCAGCUGCUCUGCCCCUGUGUUCAGCGGAGUUUCCUGUAUGAAGCUGCAGAGUAGCCGUACAAUAAAAUCAUCAUGCAUUCGUUUUUUCAGGACCCAUCAAGCCCUUGGACGAUGUGCCAGUCCAGGUAUUCCAUACAAACAACUCACAGUCGGCGUUCCCAAAGAAAUUUUCCAGAGCGAACGUCGUGUGGCGCUGUCUCCCGCUGGUGUGCAGGCGCUCAUCAAACAGGGUUUCAAUGUCAUCGUGGAGUCCGGAGCCGGAGAGCCUUCUAAGUUCGCUGAUGAACAGUACACCCAGGCUGGAGCAACAAUUAAAGACAUUAAAGAUGUCUUGGCGUCUGACGUGGUGGUUAAGGUCCGUGCUCCCACUUUCAACCCGGCUUUGGGUGUCCACGAGGUGGAGAUGAUGAAGGAAGCAGCCACUUUAAUCAGCUUCAUCUACCCAGCUCAGAACCCUGAGUUGAUGGACAUGCUGUCCCAGAAGAAAGCCACUGUCCUGGCUAUGGACCAGGUUCCGCGAGUCACCAUUGCCCAGGGUUACGACGCACUGAGCUCCAUGGCAAACAUUGCAGGGUACAAGGCAGUUGUGCUGGCAGCCAACAGCUUCGGCCGCUUUUUCACUGGACAAAUCACAGCAGCUGGAAAAGUGCCACCUGCAAAGGUGCUGAUCAUUGGAGGUGGUGUGGCUGGAUUGGCAGCUGCUGGCAGUGCCAGAGCCAUGGGGGCCAUUGUCAGAGGAUUUGAUACCAGAGCUGCAGCUUUGGAGCAGUUUAAAUCUCUGGGCGCAGAGCCGCUGGAGGUGGACAUUAAGGAGUCAGGAGAGGGCCAGGGAGGCUACGCCAAGGAAAUGUCUAAAGAGUUCAUAGAGGCAGAGAUGAAGCUGUUUGCCAAACAGUGUCAGGACGUGGACAUUGUCAUCAGCACAGCUCUAAUCCCUGGUAGGCGGGCACCCAUCCUGAUCACCAAACCAAUGGUAGAGAGCAUGAAAGAUGGCUCAGUGGUGGUGGACCUGGCUGCUGAGGCUGGAGGAAACAUUGAGACCACAGUGCCUGGCGAGCUGUCGGUACACAAGGGAGUGACCCAUAUCGGCUUCACAGACCUGCCCAGCCGUUUGCCAACACAGUCCAGCACUCUCUACUCCAACAACAUCACUAAGCUGAUGAGGGCUGUCAGCCCUGGCAAAGAGAACUUUUACCUGGACGUCAAGGAUUUGUUCGACUAUGGGACCAUGGAUCACGUUGUCAGAGGAUCCGUCGUCAUGCAGAAUGGAAAGAACCUGUUCCCCGCUCCUCAGCCUAACAAUUUGCCAACUGCAGCUCCUCCUAAACCCAAGUCUGUCCAGGAACUGGAGGCACAGAAGGCUGCACAAGUCUCCCCCUUCAGGGCUACACUCACCACUGCUAGCGUGUACACUGGAGGUGUUGCCACCCUGCUGGGUCUGGGUCUGUCGGCUCCUAACGCCGCUUUCACUCAGAUGGUCACCACCUUCGGCCUUGCUGGGAUCGUUGGAUACCACACAGUGUGGGGGGUCACUCCUGCUCUGCACUCUCCACUCAUGUCUGUCACCAACGCCAUCUCAGGUCUGACGGCUGUGGGUGGUCUGUCCCUGAUGGGAGGAGGCUACACCCCAACAACUACUGCUGAGACACUGGCUGUGCUCGCCGCCUUCAUCUCCUCGGUCAACAUUGCUGGUGGUUUCCUGGUGACACAGAAGAUGUUGGACAUGUUCAAGCGUCCCACUGAUCCUCCAGAGCAUAACUACCUCUAUCUACUUCCCGGAGGCAUCUUCAUCGGAGGCUACGCUGCUGCUCUGCAGUCUGGAUACAACAUUGAGCAGAUGAUGUACUUGGGCUCAGGUUUGUGCUGUGUUGGUGCCCUGGCCGGCCUUUCCAACCAGAAAACAGCCCGUCUGGGUAAUGCUUUGGGGAUGAUGGGAGUCGCCGGGGGGGUUGUUGCCACUCUGGGUGCCCUCAAACCGAGUCCUGAGCUUCUGGCACAGAUGAGCGCAGCCAUGGCUGUAGGUGGCACUGCUGGUCUGGCCAUCGCUAAGAAGAUCCAGAUCACUGACCUGCCCCAGCUGGUGGCUGCCUUCCACAGCUUGGUGGGGCUGGCUGCCGUCCUCACCUGUGUGGCUGAAUACAUGAUCGAGUACCCUCACUUCGCCACAGACCCCGCAGCCAACCUCACCAAGAUAGUCGCAUACCUCGGCACCUUCAUUGGCGGCAUCACUUUCAGUGGCUCUUUGGUGGCGUACGGCAAGUUGCAAGGUCUGCUGAACAGUGCUCCCUUGAUGCUCCCUGGUCGUCAUGCUUUGAACGCCACUCUUAUGGCAGGAAGCGUUGGUGGGAUGAUUCCCUACAUGCUGGAUCCCAGCUACACCACAGGCAUCACCUGUCUCGGAUCCGUCUCCGCUCUCUCGGCCGUCAUGGGUGUAACCUUGACAGCAGCCAUUGGAGGUGCUGACAUGCCAGUGGUAAUCACCGUGCUGAACAGUUACUCAGGCUGGGCCCUGUGUGCUGAGGGCUUCUUGCUCAAUAACAACCUGUUGACCAUCGUUGGAGCUCUCAUCGGGUCAUCUGGAGCCAUUUUGUCAUACAUUAUGUGUGUGGCCAUGAAUCGUUCACUGGCUAAUGUGAUCCUGGGAGGCUACGGCACGUCCUCCACCGGUACAGGAAAGCCCAUGGAGAUCACAGGCACACACACCGAGGUUAACGUGGAUCAGACCGUCGACAUGAUUAAAGAGGCCCAAAGCAUAAUCAUCACUCCAGGUUAUGGACUCUGCGCUGCAAAGGCCCAGUACCCCAUCGCUGAGUUGGUGAAGAUGCUGAAAGAUGCUGGCAAGAGAGUCAGGUUUGGUAUUCACCCCGUGGCUGGCCGUAUGCCUGGUCAGCUCAACGUGCUGUUGGCUGAAGCUGGUGUCCCAUAUGAUAUUGUUCUGGAAAUGGAAGAGAUUAAUGAGGACUUCUCUGAGACUGACCUGGUCCUGGUGAUCGGAGCCAAUGACACAGUGAAUUCAGCCUCGCAGGAAGACCCCAACUCUAUCAUUGCUGGUAUGCCUGUUCUGGAGGUCUGGAAGUCCAAGCAGGUGGUUGUGAUGAAACGUUCCCUGGGUGUGGGAUACGCAGCUGUUGACAACCCCAUCUUCUACAAGCCCAACACUGCGAUGUUGCUAGGCGACGCCAAGAAGACUUGUGAUGCCCUGCAAGCCAAGGUCCGCGAGUCCCAGAGCCAGUAAGGCGGCUCUGCUCCAAACAGAAACCCCCACAAAGAGCACAGUCAGAGUGAGAGCGAGGUAGAAGACAAUGAGGCAAAGUUUUUUCCAAAAUUAUUUCAGCAUUAAGAUCAUCUUUUUCUGACUGUGACUCAAAUCAAGUCAGCAAAGAUGAUUGUAAAGGAAAAAAUAAUUGGCAAUCCCUUCCUAUGAUCUAUAAAUAAAAGAAAAGGUUUGUAGUAAAAAAAAAUAAAAAUAGAAAAUAAAUAAAUAAAAAGGCGCAUGUGCAGUAGGAGCCAGGCAAUGCAGAUACUAUAGUUUUUGUAUAGUGCUCCCACUGUGGUAAUGUACUUAAAUACAGAUAUUUUCUCUCUGUGACAUUUCUUUUAUUUCUAGAUAUUAAGGAAGGGUACGUCAAUUAGAUCAAGUGCUUUGUAUAAUCUCUGGAACACCUGAUAGAGUGUCAUCUUAUUAUUAGACACCUAUAUUAAUGUAAAACAACAAUCAGAAAUGCAGAUGCAUUGAAAUGUUAGAUAUGUUAAAGUUCAUUGUUAAGAUAUUUUUAGGAAAAAGUCGUUAAAAGGAAAAUUUUAGAUGAAUUGGAGUGAAUAACAAAAAGUAACAAAAGCAGUUUUAUAAAGGUGAACCAUCAGAGAGAAAGAGGCACUAACAUUUUUCCACACUGUAAAGAGUCCCCGCCAAUCUUUCGCUACAGAGUUUGUUUUUGUUAUAGUAAGGCAAUUAACGUUCCCUUUUAUAUAGAUCUAUUUGCUGAACUGCUUAUGCCAGACACCAUGUCUUCUCUCAAUACCUUCUUUUCUGUACAAGUUAAAGAAAAAAAGCAGAAUAGUGCAACAUUUUUGUAAAGUUCUUUCAGUCCAAGUUUUAUACUGUAUUGGGAGAUUUUUGUAUUCGGUCUAAUAAUUAUCAUAAGCCCAGACAAGGUCUACGUGAUCACGUUUUAGAAGCCAUAGCCAGCCAGAUGAACCUAGUCACGCCAUUUGCUUUUUUUCUUUUCCCUUGAGUGCGUCUUGUGGCCUCCACCCAUGCCGCUAGUGCAGCAAUCACACAUGGAUCCAAAAGCAGAUUUAAAAAAAAAUCCAUUCAAACCUUCUCUAUCAAGCAUUUAAUACAAUAAAAACAAAUGGAUGUGGCCUUUACAAUUGAGACCACAGCUGCCCAGUAAUGCUAGUAAAGACAGUACAAACACUCAUGUAGCUCUGAUAGUUGAAUGGGUUUGAUGAUGUUUUUGACCCAAGUGUGUCCCAUCUUCCUGUGUGGUUCAGAUGUUACAGUACAUGUGAUGUUAGCCCUUGGCGUUUUGCGGUAAAGAAGGUUUUUUUUUUGUUUUUUUUGUACAAGUGAAUGUGGCUCAUCCACUCCAAUAUGUGUGUCCUCAUUCUUGCUCUAGAGGGAAAUGAAGGAUCACUGUUUGUAAAGUAGGGCCAGAUGUUAACCUGACAUCUGUGUGAAGAGUCUAAAACAACAAUGCAGUUUUUUAAAUUAUAUUUUCUCACCACAUUUCAGAAUACAUGAAUUGUUCAUUAUUGACUGAGGAUUUGUCUCAGGAUCAGGAUCUUUUCUUUUCCCUCUCUUUUGUUAAAGCCCAACAUUUGCCAUAAACAUAAACUUGUGCCAAACAUUCCCCAUUUACACUCAACCUCGACAGUCUACGGCGCAAAUAUAGACAGUUUGGCUGCUGUAUAACCCUUGACUUGUUCAAGAAAGGUCACUGACAAAUUGACAGUAACUCCUACUCUACACUUGUCCUUAUUCAGCCGAGUCAAUCAAACUAAAAACACCUAACACCUCCUUGUUUUCACUUCACCUACUCUGAGUUUUUAUGGUCAUGAUACAGUAAAUGAUUUACAAAGAAACGUGGUACAUGGUUUGAGGAAUAACAGCCCAUGAGGUGACAUGUCAGCAGCCUUUGUCAUAUUUAACAGUUUUACAAGUACUGUAAGAAGUUAGUUAACCUGGGACCUGAUACGUUGACCAUGACAACUAUCCUACCUCUCCAUAAAAUGACCAAUAGCUUUUCAUAGGACCUUCAUCAGACCAAUCACCUUUUACUGAAUCUACCGGAGGAUGUCUAACGGACCAGUCAACUUCCAUCAACUAGUCUUACAUCCUAAAACAUGACCAAUUGCCUUCUGUUUUGUGUUCACAUUGCAUUUUUAAACCAUCAGACCUCAGUUUGCUGCUGGCGAAUUUACUGUAUGUUGUGCUAGUGUAGAGCUGCAGAUGUCAUUAGUGUUCAUGAGGGGUUAUUGUUCUUACAUGUCAAUUAACACAAGCAAUUGCAGUCCUUAGCGACUAUUAGAUUGAAAAGUUGGCUCAAUAUUUGUAGCUUGUCGCCAUUUAUGAGGUAUUGAUCAAAUUAAGAGAGUUGGAAAAUAUUGAAAAAUUUACCAAUAUGCCCCCUAAUACCUUUUUGUUUUUUGUUUUUCUUAAGGAGAGUAUUUUUGUAAAGCGGCAUCAUAUUUGUGCAGAGCAACAAUGGGUUUGUGAAGUUGUACAACGUUUCAAUGCACCAUGUUAAGGAAAUAAAAUGAUGAAAUGUACUGUGAAUGUGUUUUUUCCCCUUCUUUUGUUUAUCAUGGAACAUUUUCAUCCCUAAUAAACCUGUAUUUACACUAGA